UUGAUUGGCUAAUACGUUAGACUCAUGUUUACAAAUUCAUAGUUGUCGUCUGUAUUGUAUGUAUCCGGUUAGUUACGCUUGAAAAUGUAUUCUCUAUUUUAUAUUUUGAGUUCUCGGUUGUUAAAGACGAUUUGAUAGUAAGCCUAGUGUUAACCAUGUCUAGUCAAUUUAGCUACUUUCAGCUAACGAAAAACGGUUGAGUUUGCUCACUUAACAUUUAGCGUGAAGUUAGCCAACGUUAACGUCAGCUAUCUAUUUUUUUUUCAAGAUAGCUUGCCAAUUUGACUCAGUAGCAAAUGAAUUGAGGAGCUCACCCUGUCAGCCAACAUGAUUGUAUUGUAUUUACUAACGUUACUUAGCUAGUAGCUCGCUAGCAUGCCAACAUAGCUGGAAUGCUACUAGUGUUUACUUAGGCUAACGUCAGUGAGGUGUCCGACAGAGUCAGGUUUGACAAUGAGUGCCGAAAUCAAAGUAAAACGACAGUCCUCGAGGAAGCGGUCCAGGGAUAGACGAAUAAGUCAUCUCACGCCCGCAAGGAAAAGGACCAGUGCUUCUGGACGACAAUGUCCUGACAACACGGGACAGAUAGAGCUUUCCAGAGCUUUGGACCAAUCCAUGGAUGCAAAGUUCAGUGAGUACUGCAGUGACCCUGAGGACUUAUUUGGGGACUAUGACAGCAUUGAAAGCGACAGCUCUUUCCUGGCAAAGCUCGAUAGAGUGGGGCAGAACAUGAGACAGCAUGACAUUGAACAUACAACCAGCAGCAGAUGCCCUGUAAUUCUGCUUGCUGGGAACCCUGACUUCACUUCACUGAAGUCUUCAACAGACAACUGUCCGAAACAAUCAAUGACAGAAUCAUUCCUGAAGGGCUUCACAGAUGAUGCUUUCCUAGACAUGCCAAGCUCACAACUCGCUUUUCUACAAGAUCCCCAAACAGCAGACAGGAACUGCUGUACAGAUGAGGACAAAACCUCCAUGCCUAUGAGACAUCCUGAGAAGUCUGUCAGCACUGAAGAUAGAAAUGAGAGGCAUAUCGCCCCCAAGGCAAGGAAGAGCGUGUCCGAUCAUCUGAAGAGAGCUAUGAUGGCUAAUGCAGCAACUCCUUCUAGUGUCUCCCGGACUGCAUUGCAGAAGGAGGCCGUAGUUACAGAGGAGAUCAGUGUUGCCAUGCAGGCUAUGGAAUCUGUCUCCAUGGCGACAACAGACCUUGGGCCUUUCUUUGGUCUUCCCACCAAAGUGAAGGAGCUGAUAUGCAAUCUCAAAGGAAUCAAAGAUUUAUAUGAAUGGCAGAAAACUUGUCUAAACCUGGAUUCAGUUCAGCAGAGGAGAAAUCUCAUCUACUCUCUUCCCACCAGUGGUGGGAAGACUUUGGUGGCUGAGAUUCUUAUCCUCAAAGAGCUUCUGUGCAGAAAGAAGGAUGCCCUUUUCAUCCUGCCUUACGUAUCUCUAGUGCAGGAGAAGGUUCGAGGGUUGGCCAGUUUUGGCCUGGAGCUAGACUUCAUGGUGGAGGAGUAUGCUGGUAGUAAGGGCAGGUUCCCUCCAGUGAAGGGAAGGGGCAAGAGGUCCCUGUACAUUGCCACUAUAGAGAAGGCACACGGCCUGGUAAACUCUCUCAUAGAGACCAACAGACUGGACAAUGUGGGGCUGGUGGUUGUGGAUGAGCUCCACAUGUUGGGUGAUGGUAGCAGAGGAGCUAUCAUUGAGAUGACUCUAGCCAAAGUGCUCUAUAUCAGUAAGUCAACUCAGAUCAUUGGAAUGAGUGCUACUCUGGGCAAUCUCCAAGAUAUACAGAAGUUUCUGAAGGCAGAGAGCUACACUAAUGACUUCAGACCGGUUGAGCUGAAGGAGUAUGUGAAACUGAAGGACAGCAUAUACGAGGUGGACCCCAAGGAGGAGGAGUGCUUCAGAUUCUCUCGGGUCCUGAACUUUAAGUACUCCAGUGCCAUGCAGAAGAUCGAUCAGGAUCAUAUUGUUGCCCUGGUGACUGAGGUCAUUCCAAGCCAGUCUUGCCUUGUUUUCUGUCCCACCAAGAAGAACUGUGAGAACGUGGCUGGGAUGAUAUGCAAGUACCUGAAAGAGGACUUUAUCCAACACAAGCAGGCAGAGAAGGCUGUGUUGCUGGGGGAGCUGAGGGGCAGUGGGAAUGGCUCCCUGUGUCCGGUGCUCAAGAAGACGGUGCCGUACGGCCUGGCUUACCACCACAGUGGGUUGACCAGUGAAGAGAGGAAGCUGGUGGAGGAGGCCUACUCUGCAGGGGUUCUCUGUCUCCUCACCUGCACUUCUACGCUGGCUGCAGGGAUCAACCUACCUGCUCGGAGAGUGAUUCUGCGUUCUCCGUACGUGGCGGCAGACUUCCUGAAGAGGAGCCAGUACAAGCAAAUGGUGGGGAGGGCUGGACGGGCCGGGAUAGACACUCAUGGAGAGAGCAUCCUCAUUCUACAGGACAAAGACAAAGUCUUGGUCAAGAAGCUUUUAUCCGCGCCAAUGGAAAUCUGCAUAAGCAAUCUAAUGCAUAGCGACGGAAAGGGUGUCCUGAGUCUCAUUCUAUCCGUCAUUGGAUUAAAUAUCACGAACAGCUUAGAGCAGAUCAGGGACUUCAUGAGUGGCACGUUGCUGUCUGUCCAGGAGAAACAGGUGUGCUUGGAGAGGAGCCUGUGGGAGGUGACACAGGAGUGUGUUGAGCUGCUUAAAGAGAAAGGCCUCGUCACCGUUUCCACAGAGCCACAAGAUGGGUCCCUGCAAGUCACCAAGCUAGGAAGAGCUACUUACAAAGGCUCAGUGGAUCUGACCUACUGUGACCUCCUGUAUAGAGACCUGUCUAAAGGCCUGGAGAGCCUGAUGCUGAACAGUUUCCUCCACCUCAUCUACCUGGUCACACCCUAUGACAUGGUCUCCCAGUGUAAGCCUGACUGGAUGGUCUACUUCAGACAGUUCACAAUGUUAUCAGCUGCGGAGCAAAAGAUGUGUGCAGCAGUUGGUGUGUCUGAAAGUUUUGUUGCUAGAAAGGCUGCUGGACAGAAUGUCAAGAAGAAUGUUGACCAGGUGGUGGUGAGUCGGCUGUACCUGGCCCUGGUACUGCAGUCCCUGCUGAAGGAGACUGACCUGUGGAGCGUGGCUGACAGGUUCCAGCUCAGCCGGGGCUUCAUCCAGACACUACUCAGCUCUUCCUCAGUAUUCUGCUCCUGCGUGCUGCACUUCACCGAGGAGCUGGAAGAGUUCUGGCCCUUCAAAGCUCUCCUGACUGAGCUUACCCGCAGGCUGACCUACUGUGUCCAGGCCGAGCUCAUCCCUCUCAUGGAGGUAGCAGGAGUCAUGGAGAGAAGAGCCAAGCUGCUGUACAAUGCUGGAUAUAAGACACUGGCUCAUCUGGCCAACGCUGACCCAAACGUUCUCGCCAAGACUGUGGAGAACCUCUUCAAGAAGCAAGCUAAUCAGAUUGUUGCUUCGGCAAAAAUGCUGCUGAAUGAGAAAGCUGAUGCCCUUCAGGAGGAGAUGGAUGACUUAUUGAUGAUGCCUCUUGAUCUCCUCUCUUUGUAAAAUGUUGCUGCAGUGGAUUUAUUGUGUGAAGAAUACUUUUAUUUUGCUUGGUGUGUUAAUACUUUUUAGUGGUGUAUCAUUGUUUGUCGGAGUGAUAUUAUAAAAUAUAUUUUUGGGAUGUGGAAUUUUUUUUUUUUAUCCCAUAGAGAUGAAUAAAAUGCUUCUGUGAGCAUCAAAAUCAUGAAAGAAUUCACACUCUGUGAUUUAAUUGGUCACUUUUAUAUAACAGCAUGUGAAUAAUUUGACAGGCUUCCAAAUGCUUGACCCAAUAUCAGUGAAUAGUGGGACAUAGUAAAGUAGUUAUUGUAACCCUAAUUUGACUUAUUUAUCUAUAACCUUCACCGUCUCUUGGUUCUAUGAUAAAGAAGCAGGUUACAAUUAAGUUAUUUUCUAUAGUUUAAUCUUUUCAAGUAGUAGCAGCAGCGGGGGCAAGUUCUACAACAGGUUCAGUGGAAAGUCGUCAUUCAGGGCAGGUGGGGAAGACACCCACCUGUUUUGAGCCCCACCUAUUUAGCCUGUUUUGCAUGUUAUUUUGGCAUUAAUACAUGUCACAUAUCAGUUUGCAAACAAUGUAUAAAAUAAUUUAGUUAAUAAAGCCGCA